AAUAAAGAUGGCUGCCCCAUCACCACCAGCUGCGACCCCGAUGAACACGGACGAGGAAAAUAACAGUACAGAGAAAGUCAACGAGAAUUCAUUCACAGAAAACAGAAGCAAAAGCGACCAGGAGAAUUUGACGAAUGCUGAGCAACAAACCGAGGAGACAUUUAAGAGACCAGCGGCUUUAACGGUGCCUUCCAUUACCAGCAAACGCGUUAGCGUCGUUGCUCCAGCCCAGCCUAAACCAGCAGAAACCAGAAGCGGGGACGAUAAAGAAGCUCUUUCUGACACUGCGGGUGAAAAUCAAACGUCUGGAGGAUGUAACGAAAAGCUCAUUAACGACCAGAAUGAAAGCAGCAAACCCAAACCCGAAUCCAAAGCGAAAGCGCGUCCUGUCAAAGGACCCCCCGCCGGAAAGUUCCCCCCUAUCCCCUACACAGAGCCGCUAUGGGGGGGCUGUCCUUCAGACUCUCAAUAUGCGCUCGAAAUCCUUAAAAACGGCGCCAUAGUGGACACGGUGCCGCUCAGCCACAGGAGCUUCUUCGUGGUGGGACGGCUGCCCGUGUGCGACGUUUCCCUGGAGCACCCGUCCAUCUCCAGGUACCACGCCGUGAUCCAGUACCGCGCACAGGCCGGGGAGGAGGGCUGCGUGGGCGAAGAGAGGGGCUUCUACAUUCACGACCUGGGCAGCACGCACGGCACGGUGGUCAACAAGAACAAGAUCCCCCCGAAGACCUACAUCCGGCUGCGCGUGGGGCACGUGCUGAAGUUUGGAGGGAGCACGCGCCUGUUUGUUCUGCAGGGUCCUGAAUUCGACGAAGAGGAGGAGUCUGAGCUAACUGUGACAGAGCUGAGGGAGCGAGCUGCCAAACAUAAAGCGGAGCUGGAGAAGAGGAUGAUGGGAGAGUUCUCUGAUGGGGAGGAAGAGGAGGAGGAAGGCGGCCAAAGCAGCAAGGCUCAGAAGAAAGAGUCUAAGGAGGAUCUGGGUUGUACCUGGGGGAUGGAUGAGGAAGCAGCUCCAGAGGAAGACGAGAACGAGGAAAACCCCUUUUCAACAGAAUUCCAUGAAGAUCAGGAAGCGGCGUACCUCAAGGAUCCGAAGAAGGCUUUACAGGGAUUCUUUGACAGAGAAGGAGAAGAGUUGGAGUUCGAGUAUGAAGACAAAAGUCACGGCUCCUGGCUCUGCAGAAUCAAGCUUCCCGUGGACGACGCUUUGGGCCGCCAGCUGGUGGCGGAGGUGACUCACACGGGAAAGAAGAAAGAAGCGGCCGUGCAGUGCUGCUUGGAGGCCUGCCGCAUGCUGGAGGCCAGAGGGCUGCUGCGGCAGGAAGCAGUGUCACGCAAACGCAAGAAGAAAAACUGGGAAGACGAGGACUACUACGACAGCGACGACGACACCUUCCUGGACCGGACCGGUACGGUGGAGAAGAAGAGGCAAGAACGCAUGAGGAAGGCGGGAAAGGUCAACGAGCGGCCAGAGACCUACGAGUCCUUGAUCGCCAAACUGUCAGAGGUGGAGAAGGAGCUGAGCGAGACUCAGAAACGGCUCAACGCGGGCAAAAAAGAUGCUUCCGCCUCGUCGGGGGAGGACUCCCUGGAGGCCUUCAUGAGCGCAGUCAGAAGUGAGGCGUCUAUGGACGCCGUGGAGCGCAGGAAGCUUCACCUGCACGCCGCCGACCUGCGCAAAGAGGCCCAGAACCUGCGGAGGCUGGUGGAGCUGACGCGGCCGGCUCAGAUGCCUGCACUGCUGCCGAGUGGCAGCCUGGAUCCAGAGAAGCCGAAGAAGGCCUUACCGCUGUUUGGAGCCAUGAAGGGAGGACGGAAGCUCAGACUGAAGACGGGGACCAUUGGGACGCUACCUCCUAAGAGGGCCAUCCUGCCCGCCGAGCUCUUCGACAUGAAGGCGCUUCCGCCCGGUGAAGAGGAAGAGGAGGAGGAAGAGGAGGAGGAGGACAAAAAUGAUCUUAAGACUGUUGAUGCUGCUUCUGAGGAGCCCAGAGGCCCAAUGAAGGUCUCAGAUCAAACCCAGAGGAGCGAAGCAGCAGUGCAGCAGAGUGUGGAGUCCAGCAGUGAGGAUGCAGCCCCUCCUGACCCAGAAUCCAGAGUGAAGGGAGAACCUGAACCAGCAGCAGGACCCAGUCCCAAAAAGAAGAGAGUGAUGGGCCCCAGCAGGCCUCCAGCAUCACGUCCAAAAGACGACUCUGGAGUGCAGCUUUCAGGCUCGUAUCCAGAAGAUGACCCUGAUUAUUCAGUGUGGAUACCGCCUGCAGGUCAAACGGGCGACGGCCGCACUCACCUCAACGACAAGUACGGCUACUGAGGCGGAGCCCCCCCACUCCACCGACAGACCCCACCCCCACCCGCCGACACAAAGCCUCCUCAGCCCUGAUGGUUAACCCCUUCAUCCACCUCAGGGAUCAAGCUCUGUCUCAAACUUCAGCCCACAUCUGGGUGAUGCACAGUAAAGGUUUACUUUCAAAUCCUGCAUCACCUGAGCAGAAAGGGAGGGGGCAUCCCAGGAGCUUUCCUGUUCUUUUGCUGUCAGCGCGACCUGCCGUCCAUCUCCAUCCCCGCUCGGUUUGGCCCAGCAGUCCUGUUUUUUCCUCCAAAGGAGAGUGUGUGUGUGGUGGGGAGGGAGAAGAGGGAGCAGCUUUUCUGGCCAUCUGGACACUUGGAUGGAUUACUGGAUGAAACGUAAGCUGAUAAUGACUCAAGCUAAGUGGGGGGUGUGUGUGUGUCUGUAUCUACACACACCAGCAGCACAACCUUUUCAAAGUUAUCAUUUUAACAAGAUUGUCUUAACGAGAGAGGAAGAGUGUGUGGAGCAGGACUGGUGGUGUUCUCCUGCUCUGCUGCCACGUUUCCCACGCUCUGCCUCCCCACGUCACCAAUGGAAACUGGGUCUGUGUAUAAUACGUGUAAAAUAAAGGUGUUUGUACAGAACUGAA